AGUGAAUUCAGUUCCCUUCUCGCUCUUUCACUUCCAACUCCACCCCUCACGAUUCUGGAGUAGCUGGAAAGCGAUGGAGCAAGACCUGGCUUGCAAUGUUAACAAAUGCGGCGCCCAGUUGACGGGUCAAGCCCUGGUGACCGCAUGCAGCCAUGCAAUAUGUAUGGACUGCGCAAGUCGCCACGGCUUCACUAGCCAAGGGCCCUAUACCUGCCCUGUUUGUCGUCAGCCCUUGAAUGAGAGUGAGACAGGUAGACAGCUUCUUCGUCCAUCAGAAGAGUGGAAGUCCGUCAUUUUGUGUGGUCUAAGUCCUACGGUGGUCAUGGAAUGCGCAGGAAGAGCCCUCAGUUUUUGGUCCUAUCAGAUGACAAACCAAAUCCUACGUCAGUCUCAGAUGAACCGAAAUCUACAACUUCAUUGCGUCUCACUCGAGCGUGAAGUUGAGAGCGUGUGGAAUCAAGGGAACACCAGGAUAUCCACCUUGACGGCCAAGAUCAAAGAUAUGGAACUUGAAGAGCAAGGGCUCCGUCGAAAAUGUGAAGAUCUUCGCCGCACACUCACUGAAAAGAGCAAGAAGUUGGAGCAGGCUCAGGAGCUCUACAACAAACUGAAACAAAAGGUAUUGCUAAGCCAACCUGCCAACGAUCCGGCUGAUGUCAUGAGCUCGAGGUUAGGCUCAAAUACGGAUCGGUAUGACCUCCAGGGGCAAAACUCUGGUGGGAUCGGACCGACAACCAACUACUUCCCCGAUGACUCGAGGUCGUUAAGAAGACAUUCUGGUUCAGGAAGUGUGGACAAUUGGAACAAACCAAUGGAUACCCAAUUUCUUGUGCCUGGAACACCAGCUAGCCACAUGUCAAUAGGCGAGCCCGGCUCUCGUUUCUCGUCGAUGCGAGAUACUCUCAGUAACACGCUGCCGGCAAUUCCUCGCUCUGGUCGUUAUACCGAGUCUAGUAGAGCGAACAACCAUGCAACGGCAAGUAACAUUGGGCGAACAACGUCGGCAUCACUCACCUCUACUGAACUGAGAGGCAGUCGGCGCCAUGAUGAGUCGGUUGUCCCCAGGACAUCUACAAUACGAAGAGUAGGAGACCCGAUACUCAGGACCAGCUCCCAUUCCUUUGACUCACUCCGCAGUUUUAUUGAUCAGUAAUCCAGUUGAGGACAACCACAAACUGUUCGUUGUUAUUAGAUCAGGAUGGAGCACUACCCUGCCACACCUCCUGUAUUAUAUAGUGUAAAUGGUUGACAUGUCGUGUAAAGUUCAGACUAAAACCCGGGUGGAUCUGGAGAUGCCAGCGAAACCGGGUUGAGAAAAGAUGGAAAGUUAGCAUAAUUCAUAGAAAUACUUGAAAAUACAAUACUUACCUAAGGAACGAG